CUAAAAUGGAAAUUCCUGGAAAAUGUACGAGUGAAGAAAUUCGAUUAACACUGACAUCUUCAUUCAUGAUGGGAAACCAUUGUUUCAUUUUAUUAAUUAUUAUAUCCAGCGUAUUUUUGACUGUUUUUGCUAUCAGGAAACUAUGGAAGAACAAUAUAUUUCCAAAUUGUACGAGAACAUUGUUGUUUUCUGCUAUAAUUAAUGGAGUUGUUCAUCAUUGGUCAAUUGCUGGAAUACGGAUUCGAACUGUAUAUCGAGCAUUGGUUUAUGGUUCUGACCGUUGCUCAAUUUUAUUUCAAUCGUCUGAAUGUUUAAUUGAAAGUAAUCUUUAUUAUUAUACCAAUUUGUUCUCAUCGUUAUGUUGCAUUUCUCUUUUUUUCGAUCGACUCUUAUCACUUAACGCGAAAACAUCCUAUAACACCAAACAUUUCUCCAAAAUAUUUUUGCUUUUUCAAUCUAUUUCUCCAUUUGGUAUUCUCUAUUGGAUAUUUUAUGACUCAGUAUAUACUGGAUUUGUUCCAAUGUGCAGUUAUCCUCCUGCAACGUCUUCUUUAAAAUUUCAUAAAGUGAACGAGUUUCGACUAUAUAUUUUGGGAACAUUUUUUGUUCUCUCUUUUGUGAUAUUUUUCUACAACAGAACACAAGAAAAGGGAAUAAUCCACAACGUUUAUGACACUGAAUCUCGAUACAAAUCAUAUGAAAAUCUACUUGCAACUAGAGCUGUUUGUAUAAUCAUUGCAACUCAAAUAACCUGCCUCGUGACUACCGCUUCGACAACUGAAAUUCUCUCCGCAUACAAGUCUUCAAUCCCUAAUACAAUUCUUUUACCUUCCAUCGCUUUUAUGACGGGCUUGACAUACUCUAAUUUCUUUCUGCCAAUUAUUAUUAUAUAUCAAACAAAUCGAAUUAUCAACCAAAGAUAUAAUGCAAUAAAAAGGAUUCAAAAUGAAAAAAGUUUUGCGACUCACUUUGCUUCUUUGGAUUUGUCAUGGAAGUCUUCUAAAAUUGAUAAUUCUUCAUAAACUCGAAUAUUUUCAAGUGUAAUUACAUGUUUUUUGUAUCAAUAAAAUAAUAGGUGAUCAAAUCUUCAUGUGUUUUUGCCUGCCUGCCUACAUCCCUUUUCCUAAGUUUUACAGUACACUCAAGAUUUUGUGCAAUUGUGAUUUAUACGUAUUCCAAAUUAAAUAUAGGUUAUUU